AUGUCUUGUUUACAAGCAUGCAGAGUAUGCUUGGCACAUCAUAGCCGUAUGUAUUCCAUAUUGAAUGGGCAACUUCAACAGAUUUAUGAAAAUAUCACUCAAAUUCCGCUUGUAAUAGGUGACAUAUGGCCGACAUGCAUAUGCUACAUUUGCUACCAUAUGAUGAGAAAAUUCAAAAAGUUUAUAGAUAAAUCACAUAAGGCGAACAAGCUCCUGUUGCAACUCAUCAGUUCCGAGUCUGAGAUCACCACAGACACCCUAAAUAUGAUUGUGAAGCGACAACCUGAUAUCGCUUGGAACUUUUCUGUGUCACCGAUGGAGAGUAUUGAGCAUUAUGCUGUAUUAUGCUAUGACCCGGAAGAGGUUAAUCUGGAGGCUACUUUCAAUGUUGAGAAAGUGAAGUCUGAAUUGGAUUUCGAAGAGAUGCAGGAUGAAAGUGAAACAGAAGCAAAAAUGCCCAAGAAACAUAAGCCGACCAGUGAAAUUAACAAGGAAAAACAACUCAAGCCUCCAACAGCAUCAAGAGCAACCGAAGAAAACACAGGAAUAAAAAAUGAAGCUCAAAUUGGUGAUCCAAAUAGAAUUACAGAAAUCAAAAGUAAGGACAGUCUCUUGAAACCAAAUAUUUUCACAGAAUAUAGUUACGAAAACAACAACAUGGUGAAGAACAAACACAACAAAGUUACAAAUCAUAGAGUAACUUUUAUAUGUGCAAUAUGUAAAAAUAUAUUUUUUUGUAAAAAACAAUUACAAAGUCAUAUAAGUAAAUCACAUACUGAAAUUACCGCCAUAACUAACCAAAAUUAUACUAUGACUAAUGAAAUAAACUUAAUUGAUAAAAAUAAAUUAGGGAACAAUAUUGGUUCUGCAAUGACAAGCAACCGUGAAUAUUCGAUAAAUAAACGCGAUAUGAAGAAAGACCUGAAAGAAAGACCAUAUAAAUGUAACACCUGUGACAAAAGAUUUACUCAUGUUAGUUCUUUAUACAGACAUCAAAGAAUUCACACGGGAGAGAAACUUUAUAAAUGUAAUGUCUGUGAUAAAAGAUUUUCUCGAACUGGUGAUUUCUACACACAUCAAAGAAUUCACACAGGUGAGAAACCUUAUAAAUGUAACAUCUGUGAUAAAAGAUUUACUAUGAGUAAUAAUUUGUCCAAACAUCAAAGAAUUCACACGGGUGAGAAACCAUAUAAAUGUAACAUCUGUGAUAAAAGAUUUACUCUAAUGGAUCAUUUAAACAAACAUCAAAGAAUUCACACAGGUGAGAAACCUUAUAAAUGUAACAUCUGUGACAAAAGAUUUACUCAUGUUAGUUCUUUAUCCAGACAUCAAAGAAUUCACACGGGAAAAAAAUCUUACAAAUGUAAUGUCUGCAAUAAGGGGUUUACUGUAAGUAGUUAUUUAGCCAAACAUCAAAGAAUUCACACAGGUGAGAAACCUUAUAAAUGUGACACCUGCGAUAAAAGAUUUACUAUGAGUAAUAAUUUGUCCAAACAUCAAAGAAUUCACACGGAUGAGAAACCAUAUAAAUGUAACAUCUGUGAUAAAAGAUUUACUUUAAUGGAUCAUUUAAACAAACAUCAAAGAAUCCACACGAGAGAGAAACCUUAUAAAUGUAAUAUCUGUGAUAAAACAUUUACUCAAUCUAGUCAUUUAUCCACACAUAAAACAACUCACACGGGAAAGAAACUGCAUACAUGAAUACUUCCGCAUUUUUUACGGUACGCUCAUACUAGCAUCAAAACAUAUGCUCCGACUCAACUACAUAAGCAACUCUCACACACGCACGCUUCUGUAUAAAAACAUUCAAU